AUGGUGGAGGACGUUGAUGCUUUCCUCCGAGUUCCAUGGGGAAAGGUGUUCUUUAGAGCCACCUUGAAGGGUGUCAAAAACGACAUGAAACACCAUAGGGUCGUAUAUCUGUCUAAGAAGAAGCAGGCACAAGAGAACAAAUGGGCAACAGAGAAUACUGAUUUUUUUUCUUAUAACGUAAAUGGGUUCGCAUUCCAGUGUGGACCUAUGAGGUCAUCAAAAGUAGAAGAAAUCCGUUCGGAGAUAGUGGAUGCCGUUGAGGGCAAGGUUGUGACUAAGAUGGAAGAGUCUGAAGUGGAGAAAAGCUUGUACAAUGGGGUGGACUUUGAACAAACAGACAAUUGUUUUUAUGAUUUGUUUGAGGGAUUUAUAAAUGGGGGGAAGAGAAAGCCUAAAGAUGAAGAUGUAAAUAUUACUCCCAAACCUGCUCCCAAACUGAGAAAGUCUAAAGUUGAAGAUGAUGAGAAGAAGGAGAAGCAAUUGCAUGAGAAUGAGAUGAAAAAUGAGAAGAAGGAAUUGCAUGAGGAGGAGAAGAAGGAUGAUAAGGAGGAGCGGAAGAAGGAGAUGAAGGAGGAGCAUGAGCAUGAGCAUGAGGUAGAGAAUGAGGAGGAGAAGAAUGAUAAGAAGUUAGAGAAUGAGAAGGAUAAUAAGAAGUUGAAGUUGUUGUAUGGGUCGCGCCACGAGCAGAAGGAGAUGAAGGAGGAGCAUGAGCAUGAGGAUAAGGAUGAUAAGGAGGAUUUUGGGUCAAAUUAUUUUGACUAA